CAAUCGGCGAGUGAAGCGGACCAUAGAGCGACAUCGAUGAUCUGGCAAGGCGUGAGAGCUCAUCUGCCGUGAGAAUAAGCUUGGGUCGAGCACCAUCAUGCCAGGCAAGCAAAGCCUGCCGGAGCUGGACAUCGAUCCUCAGGAUGGUCUUGAAGCGGACAUCUCCCCUUCAAAAGUCAAGCACAAUCCUCUGAUCGGGUUCGCGGCGGGUAUCUGCUCGGGCUUGACAAAGCUGGUCGUUGGGCAUCCAUUCGAUACUAUCAAGACGCGACUACAAUGUACACCUCCAGGAACGUUUGGAGGUGCCUGGCAUUGCUUCACGAAGACAAUUUCGAGCGAGGGUCCAAGAGCACUCUACAAAGGUGCCUCGGUGCCCGCAGUCUCGUGGGGCAUCACCGAUUCGAUCUUGAUGGGCAGCUUGCACAACUAUCGGUCGAUUCUUGAGCACAACGGGUUCGCCGAGCGUAUACCGGGCUCAGUGGAUGAUGGACCGAAAGGACAAAGGUUAUCGAUUCUAGGCCACACUGUAGCCGGGGCGAUGGCAGGAUGGACAAAUGCUGUGAUUGCUCAUCCGACAGAGGUGAUCAAGUGCCGGCUCCAGCUCCAAAUGGUCCUGCCUGCCGACGUCCCUAAACAAUAUUCGGGACCGUUUGACGUUGUCAGACAGACAUACCAGGCACUCGGUGCAACGGGCAUGUGGAGAGGGGUAGGAGCGAGUUUCAUCUACCGGACGUGUUUCGCUGCAAUGUUUGGCGGGUUCGAAAUCUUCAACCGGAUGUUCAAGCGGUGGGAUGGAACGAGCUGGCAAAUGUCAGAAGCGGCGCGGAACUUUUGGGCCGGAGGAUUGGCUUCGAACUUGUACUGGGCGACAGCGCUACCACUGGACAAUGUGAAAAACAGGUUGAUGGUCGAUAAACUGCGUGAACCCCGUUUCAAGGGGGUCAUCAACGCAUACAGCCAGACGUGGAGAGAGACAUAUGAUGGAUCGAAAAGCCUGCUUUGGAACUCCAAAGCGAGGAUACGGAACUUUUACAGGGGAUUUGUUCCGGUCGCUUUGAGAGCGUUCCCAACAAAUGCUGCUGCUCUUGCAGUGUGGGAAGCUCUCAUGCGCUACGCCGACGGUCACGACAAGAUUGUUUAGAGCUCGGACUCAUUCUCCAAAGGGUUUACGAUGGCACUACUCAUAGAUUGGAUCCUCUAGCAUAUACCACCAGUGUACUGUAUCGAUUAGCAUCCCACUCAGCAUGCAGCAAGGCAUCAUCUUGACCAGUGAC